AUGGCUAGUUCCCUUAAUUUCACAGAAAAUGAUACACACAACAAUAAGUUAAAUGACAAAAUGUUUGUUCUAAAAAAGUGGAACGCCGUUGCACUGUGGAGUUGGGAUGUAGAAUGUGACACUUGUGCUAUAUGCCGAGUUCAAGUUAUGGAUGCAUGCCUUAGAUGUCAGGCUGACAACAAACAAGAUGAAUGUGUUGUUGUAUGGGGAGACUGCAAUCACUCAUUUCACAAUUGUUGCAUGUCCCUUUGGGUUAAACAAAAUAACAGAUGCCCUCUCUGCCAAAAUGAUUGGGUUGUUCAAAGAAUUGGUAAAUGA